AUGGUGCAGUAUUUCGGUCUGUCUGCUAUCUUCACCAACAAGUGUCAGAAGCCCGGCUGCAAGCAGAAGGAGAUGAUGAAGGUGAUCUGUGACCAGUGCCACAAGAACUACUGCCUCAAGCACCGGCACCCCCUGGACCACAACUGCAGCGGGAUCUUCACCAACAAGUGUCAGAAGCCCGGCUGCAAGCAGAAGGAGAUGAUGAAGGUGAUCUGUGACCAGUGCCACAAGAACUACUGCCUCAAGCACCGGCACCCCCUGGACCACAACUGCAGCGGGGCAGGGCGUCCCCUCUCCAAAGCUGGGCACGCUGCGGUCGCGAGAGCCCAGGCAUCCUCCUCCAAACCAGUUGCUGCAUCGAGCAGCGGAGCUGCUCGGCCAGCAGACAGCCCCUCUUCUCCAGCCUCUGCCAGAGGCAGCAGAGCAGCUGCGCCGCAGACUCGCAGCGCCUCCCCUCCGGCAGCCAUGCUGCAGAACGGGCUGAGCGAGGAAGAGGCCCUGCAGCGAGCUCUGGAGAUGUCCCUGGCAGAGUCGGCACGCAGCGCGGUGCAGCCGCCCAGGUACGGCCCGGGGACGCGUGGUGUCACGCCCCAAGCCUGCGUGCGAGCGGUGCCUGGGGCAGCAUCAUAUGGCACAUGGUUCAAAGCCAUCAAACUGCAGCAUGUCGUAAGCAGGCAAGGCAUCAUCGAUCCCGCUUGA